CUCGUCUCCAUUGCAUUGCAUUCCAUCCCAUCUCUCCUCUCCGAUCCAUCCCCUCUCUCGGUGACCCCUUUCCCCCUUCUCUCUCCAUCGCCGAAGGGGUCGCCCCUCUCUCUCUCUCUUUCUCUUCUCUCUCUCUCUCUCAAAAAUCUGAAAUUAACGAAGAAUCGAGAAGAACCCUAGAAGAUGUCGGAGAUGGCGCAGACAGAUCCGGAAGGGAUCGAUGGAGUGCGGAUGACCUGGAACGCCUGGCCGCGAACAAAGGUGGAAGCCAGCAAGUGCGUUAUCCCAAUCGCCGCCUCAAUUUCGCCGAUCCGGUCGCAUCCAGACGUGCCGACCGUCCCUUACCCUGCGCUCCGGUGCAAGACCUGCGUGGCGGCGCUCAACCCGUUCUGCCGGGUGGACUUCGCCGCGCUCAUCUGGAUCUGCCCGUUCUGCUUCCAGCGCAACCACUUCCCCCACCAUUACUCCUCCAUCUCCGCCACAAACGUCCCCGCGGAGCUCUACCCGCAGUACACCACCAUCCAGUACUCGCUCCCGACGCCGUCUCCUUCUCAGCCGCCCGUUUUCGUCUUCGUCCUUGACACCUGCAUGAUCGAGGAGGAGCUGGGGUUCGCCAAAUCGGCCCUCAAGCAGGCGAUCGGCUUGUUACCCGAGGACGCUCUCGUCGGUUUCGUUUCGUUCGGAACGCAGGUCCAGGUUCACGAAUUGGGGUUUUCCGAUAUGUCCAAGGUUUACGUAUUCCGGGGCUCGAAGGAGUUGUCGAGAGAUCAGGUUUUGGAUCAGUUGGGGCUCGGUGUCGCGGGGCGCAGGAUUGGGCAGCAGGCGUUCCAGAAGGCGGGACCGACCGGGAUCCCGACAUCGGGGGUUACGAGGUUUAUGCUCCCUGCUUCAGACUGUGAAUUUGCCCUCGAUACGCUCUUGGACGAGUUAGGAACAGAUCAGUGGCCUGUCCAACCUGGUAACCGGGCAUUGAGAUGCACGGGAGUGGCAUUGAGCAUUGCUGCAGGUUUACUUGGAGCUUGUUCAGGUGGCACUCCGGCUAGAAUUAUAGCCUUGGUCGGUGGUCCUUGCACAGAAGGGCCAGGCACGAUUGUGUCAAAAGAUUUAUCAGAUCCAGUGCGUUCACAUAAAGAUCUUGAUAAGGAUGCGGCUUCAUAUUUUAAAAAAGCAGUCCAAUUUUAUGAGGAGCUUGCGAAACAGUUGGUCAGCCAAGGUCACCUCUUAGACCUUUUUGCUUCUGCUCUCGAUCAGGUUGGGGUUGCUGAGAUGAAGGUGGCUAUUGAACGAACUGGUGGUCUUGUUGUUUUAGCUGAAAGUUUUGGUCACUCUGUUUUUAAGGAUUCUUUCAGACGAGUAUUUGAAGAUGGAGAACAGUCUCUUGGCCUCUCCUUUAAUGGCACACUUGAGAUUAAUUGCUCCAAGGACAUCAAAAUUCAGGGGAUCAUCGGACCCUGCACAUCUGUGGAGAAGAAAGGCCCUGCUGUUGCCAGUACAGUUAUUGGACAGGGAAAUACUACCUCCUGGAAGAUGUGUGGUCUCGACAAAAGUACUUGCUUGACUGUUUUCUUUGAUAUUUCAUCCAGUGAAAAAUCAGAGCCUUCAGCAAAUGUAAACCAGAUGUUAUACUUACAGUUCCUUACAAGUUACCAAAGUCCUGAUGGUCAAACAAGGCUGCGAGUUACAACUGUUAGUAGGAGAUGGGUGGACAGUUCUGUCGGGUCAGAGGAGCUAAUACAAGGAUUUGAUCAGGAAACUGCUGCUGUAGUGAUGGCAAGAUUCGCUUCUCAUAAGAUGGAGAUGGAGGAAGGAUUUGAUGCCACUAGGUGGUUAGAUAGGACUCUUAUUCGUCUCUGUUCCAAGUUUGGUGACUACCGGAAGGAUGAUCCUGCAUCUUUUACAUUGAACCCAUGUUUUUCUUUGUUCCCUCAAUUUAUGUUCAACCUGCGACGGUCACAAUUUGUGCAGGUCUUCAACAAUAGUCCAGAUGAGACAGCAUAUUUCCGUAUGUUGUUAAACAGGGAAAAUAUAACAAAUGCAGCAGUCAUGAUUCAACCAUCACUAAUAUCAUAUUCAUUCAAUUCACUGCCUGGACCAGCAUUGUUGGAUGUGGCUUCUAUAUCAGCUGAUCGUAUCCUCUUACUGGAUUCUUAUUUCAGUGUAGUUAUUUUCCAUGGAAUGACAAUAGCUCAGUGGCGGAACAUGGGCUACCAGAAUCAGCCUGAACACCAAGCAUUUGCACAGUUAUUGCGAGCUCCUCGUGAUGAUGCUCAGAUGAUCAUUCGAGAUCGGUUCCCUGUCCCCAGAUUGGUCGUUUGCGAUCAGCAUGGUUCCCAGGCAAGAUUCUUGUUAGCAAAGUUGAACCCAUCGGCUACGUACAGCAAUGCUCAUGAGAUGGCUGCUGGCACAGAAAUGAUCUUUACGGAUGAUGUCAGUCUUCAGGUGUUCUUUGAGCAUCUUCAGAGGCUGGCUGUGCAAUCUUCCUGAGAGCAGAAUAGAGUCGGGAAAUUUAAUGGUGAUAUAUGAUGUGGGGGUAAUUUGUUGUUUUUAUGAGGAUUAAAAAGUGCGAAAAAUCUGCGCCCCUCCCUGGUAUCCUUUAGUAAUAGUGAGAUAUAUAUAUAUAUAUAUAUUGCCUUAUGUUUUGGGUAUCAUCUUAUCAUGAUAGCUAGGCUAGCUAGCUAGCUAGCUCGGAUGCCAUGCCAAAAUUAUUCAAACCACAAGGGAAGCACCUAUCAUUCUUUUUGAGUUGCUGGGGAGGUAUUAGCUUCCUUGGGAAGAAUAAGGGAACAAGGUCAGUUGAUUUUGAGCUGUAUGGAAGGAAGGAAGGAAUGAAUGAAUUAGGAAAAACAUGAGAGAAUGUAAGUUAAAAAAGAGGUCAGAAUUCAGAAUCCAAUUUGUUUUCCUUAUUUUUUUGGGGGCUCUCUUCAUCAUCUUCUUCUUUGUAUCCAGUUUUUUCUUCCUUGUGUAUUGGAAUGUUAAGGUUAUCAUAUACACUACUGCAUGCGGGGGCCUCUUAUUACCCAGGUUGAAAGUUGAAUAGAAACUUGUGCUUUGUUGCUCUCUGUUCUUUACAA